GAACGACAGCACAAUUACCUGAAAGAUGGUCCGUAUGUCACUCCGGAAGAAGCACUUGCAAUCUAUACAACAACUGUUCAUUGGCUGGAAUCAAGGAAGUUUUCUCCAAUUCCAUUUCCUCCAUUGUCAUACAAACAUGACACAAAGUUGCUCAUCCUUGCCCUUGAGAGACUGAAGGAAUCAUAUAGUGUAGCUGUGAGGUUGAACCAGCAGCAGCGAGAAGAGCUUGUAUUUUGUGUUGUUUGUUUCAGGCUUCUUCGUUUGGUUCUUGACCACAAUAUUGCAGACUAUGUGUCUGCCAAGAAUAACGUGGUCCUGUCUUACAAGGAUAUGAGUCAUACUAACUUGUAUGGUCUCAUUAGGGGACUCCAGUUUGCAUCAUUUGUUGUUCAGUUCUAUGGUCUAUUACUUGAUCUUUUGCUUCUUGGUUUGACUCGAGCGAGUGAAAUUGCUGGGCCACCACAGAUGCCUAACGAGUUUAUGACGUUUUGGGAUACAAAAGUGGAAACACGCCAUCCCAUAAGACUCUAUUCUCGGUAUAUAGACAAAGUUCAUAUCAUGUUUAAGUUUACCCAUGAAGAGGCUCGGGAUCUUAUUCAGCGAUAUCUUACGGAGCACCCGGAUCCCAAUAAUGAAAACAUGGUGGGAUACAACAAUAAGAAGUGCUGGCCAAGAGAUGCAAGGAUGAGGUUGAUGAAACAUGAUGUCAAUCUUGGUAGAAGUGUCUUCUGGGACAUGAAGAACCGUCUUCCUCGGAGCAUCACAACUUUGGAGUGGGAGAAUGGCUUUGUUUCUGUCUAUAGCAAGGAUAAUCCUAACCUGCUCUUUAGCAUGUGUGGAUUUGAAGUCCGCAUACUUCCAAAAAUCAGGAUGACCCAAGAAGCUUUCAGCAACACAAAAGAUGGUGUCUGGAAUCUGCAAAAUGAACAGACCAAGGAGAGGACUGCAGUAGCUUUUCUGCGGGUUGACGAUGAACAUAUGAAGGUGUUUGAGAAUCGUGUGAGGCAGAUCCUUAUGUCAUCAGGAUCAACCACCUUUACCAAGAUCGUCAACAAAUGGAAUACAGCUCUAAUUGGUCUCAUGACUUACUUCCGUGAAGCCACUGUACACACGCAAGAGCUCUUGGAUCUACUGGUCAAGUGUGAGAAUAAAAUCCAAACAAGAAUUAAGAUCGGGUUGAACUCAAAGAUGCCUAGUCGAUUUCCUCCUGUUAUCUUCUACACUCCAAAGGAAAUUGGAGGGCUGGGAAUGUUGUCAAUGGGUCAUAUUUUGAUCCCACAAAGUGACCUUCGGUACAGCAAGCAAACAGAUGUUGGUGUAACCCACUUUAGGAGUGGAAUGAGCCACGAGGAAGAUCAGCUUAUACCAAAUCUUUACCGUUAUAUACAGCCGUGGGAAAGUGAGUUUAUUGAUUCACAGCGUGUAUGGGCAGAAUAUGCUUUAAAAAGGCAGGAAGCGCAGGCCCAAAAUAGGCGUCUUACACUGGAAGAUCUGGAAGAUUCUUGGGAUAGAGGAAUUCCUCGUAUAAAUACACUGUUUCAGAAGGAUAGGCACACAUUGGCAUAUGAUAAAGGUUGGAGAGUUAGGACCGACUUUAAGCAGUACCAAGUCCUUAAACAAAAUCCUUUCUGGUGGACACACCAGAGGCAUGAUGGAAAGUUGUGGAACUUGAACAAUUACCGCACUGAUGUCAUUCAAGCACUUGGAGGUGUUGAGGGUAUUCUUGAGCACACCUUAUUCAAGGGGACAUACUUCCCGACAUGGGAGGGUCUUUUCUGGGAGAAGGCAUCUGGUUUUGAGGAGUCGAUGAAAUAUAAGAAGUUGACUAAUGCGCAGAGGUCUGGUCUAAACCAGAUUCCAAAUAGAAGAUUCACGCUUUGGUGGUCGCCAACAAUUAAUCGAGCGAAUGUCUAUGUGGGUUUCCAAGUGCAGUUGGAUCUGACAGGAAUAUUUAUGCAUGGAAAGAUUCCUACACUUAAGAUAUCUUUGAUUCAGAUUUUCCGUGCCCAUUUGUGGCAGAAAAUCCAUGAGAGUGUUGUUAUGGAUCUUUGCCAAGUAUUAGACCAAGAGUUGGACGCUUUGGAGAUAGAAACGGUACAGAAGGAGACAAUUCAUCCAAGAAAGAGUUAUAAGAUGAACAGCUCUUGUGCUGAUGUUCUUCUAUUUGCUGCUCAUAAAUGGCCUAUGUCUAAGCCUAGCCUGGUUGCGGAGUCAAAGGAUAUGUUCGACCAGAAAGCUAGUAACAAGUAUUGGAUAGAUGUGCAACUUCGAUGGGGAGACUAUGACUCCCAUGAUAUUGAGCGUUAUACUAGGGCAAAAUUCAUGGACUAUACAACUGACAACAUGUCUAUCUAUCCAUCUCCAACAGGUGUAAUGAUUGGGCUUGAUCUGGCAUACAACUUGCAUUCUGCCUUUGGUAAUUGGUUCCCUGGUUCAAAACCUCUUCUUGCUCAAGCAAUGAACAAGAUCAUGAAGUCAAAUCCAGCUCUGUAUGUAUUGAGAGAGAGGAUCAGGAAGGGUUUACAGUUGUACUCGUCUGAGCCUACAGAGCCAUAUUUGUCAUCUCAAAACUAUGGUGAAAUAUUCAGCAAUCAAAUUAUAUGGUUUGUUGAUGAUACCAAUGUAUAUCGUGUCACGAUUCACAAGACAUUUGAAGGAAAUUUAACGACUAAGCCAAUCAAUGGCGCGAUUUUCAUUUUCAAUCCAAGAACUGGGCAGCUGUUCCUGAAGGUUAUCCAUACUAGCGUCUGGGCUGGUCAGAAGCGUCUUGGUCAGCUAGCAAAAUGGAAAACUGCUGAAGAGGUUGCUGCACUUGUGCGAUCACUCCCCGUUGAAGAACAGCCAAAACAGAUUAUUGUCACGCGAAAAGGAAUGUUGGAUCCCCUUGAGGUUCACUUGCUGGAUUUCCCCAACAUCGUUAUCAAGGGAAGUGAGCUGCAGCUUCCGUUCCAGGCUUGCCUAAAGAUAGAGAAAUUUGGUGACCUGAUUUUGAAGGCGACAGAACCGCAGAUGGUUUUGUUUAAUAUAUAUGAUGAUUGGUUGAAGAGUAUAUCUUCGUAUACUGCCUUUUCAAGACUUAUUUUGAUCCUUCGUGCGCUUCAUGUUAAUAAUGAGAAGGCUAAGAUGUUGUUGAAGCCUGACAAGUCUGUUGUCACUGAGCCACAUCACAUCUGGCCCUCUCUCACUGAUGAUCAAUGGAUGAAGGUGGAGGUAGCACUCAGAGAUCUGAUCCUUUCUGACUACGCAAAGAAGAACAAUGUUAACACCUCAGCUCUGACACAAUCAGAGAUCAGAGAUAUUAUUCUUGGAGCUGAGAUUACUCCACCCUCUCAACAGAGGCAACAGAUUGCUGAGAUUGAGAAACAGGCAAAGGAAGCCAGCCAGCUUACUGCAGUCACAACAAGAACUACAAAUGUUCAUGGUGAUGAGCUCAUUGUCACCACCACGAGCCCUUACGAGCAAUCUGCAUUCGGUUCCAAAACAGAUUGGCGUGUACGUGCAAUAUCAGCCACUAACCUUUACCUCAGAGUCAAUCACAUAUAUGUGAAUUCAGAUGACAUAAAGGAAACCGGAUACACCUACAUCAUGCCAAAGAAUAUUUUGAAGAAGUUCAUAUGCGUAGCGGAUCUUCGUACUCAAAUUGCUGGGUAUUUGUAUGGUAUUAGUCCCCCAGAUAAUCCCCAAGUGAAAGAAAUCCGUUGCGUUGUGAUGGUGCCACAGUUUGGAUCUCAUCAGCAUGUUAUCCUGCCGUCUUCUCUUCCUGAGCAUGACUUCCUUAAUGAUCUGGAGCCCUUGGGAUGGUUGCACACACAGCCUAACGAGCUGCCUCAGCUGUCACCACAGGAUGUAACCUCUCAUUCGCGUAUUCUGGAGAACAACAAGCAAUGGGAUGGAGAAAAAUGCAUCAUCUUGACCUGCAGUUUCACUCCGGGCUCCUGCUCUUUGACGUCAUAUAAGUUGACCCAAACCGGAUAUGAAUGGGGGCGGCUUAAUAAGGACACAGGCAGCAAUCCUCACGGUUACCUUCCCACCCAUUAUGAAAAGGUUCAGAUGUUAUUGAGUGACCGAUUCCUCGGGUUUUACAUGGUUCCUGAGAAUGGACCGUGGAACUACAACUUCAUGGGAGUGAAGCACACGGUGAGCAUGAAAUACAGUGUCAAACUCGGGUCCCCAAAGGAGUUCUAUCACGAGGAGCAUCGACCCACUCAUUUCUUGGAGUUUAGUAACAUGGAGGAGGCCGACAUUUUGGAGGGAGAUCGUGAGGACACAUUUACUUGAAAUGUAGUAACUUUUCUUACCAAUAGAGACUUGUAAGCUUUUGUACGCAAAUCAGGGACGUAGUCUUUGCUGUCUUGUGCGUUACUCUUGAGGUUGAGGUAGGUAGUAAAGUCCCUAAAUCUUAAAACAAUGUUUUGCCACUAGAAUCAAACUAUUGAAUGUGUUGAAUGGGCACAUCUGAUGCAAUUCAGUA